AUGGAGGCUGGAACCUCGCUCCGAUAUUUUUCGGGGGAGGAUUGCGACCACCGAGAAUAUCGACGGUGGAAACAGUGGGUGGUCAACAAGAUGCGAACAAUGGAUAAGCUGGAUGAGGCUGCACGUGGCUCGUUCAUUUGGACCCUCCUGUCAGGCAAAGCGCUGGAAGUGGUAGAGCAUUUGAAGGAAGAAGAUUACCAGGUGAAGGGCGGUGAUCUUGUCAUCUUCAAGCUACUUGACAGGCGGUGGCCUGAGCUGGAUCGCACGGACGAGAUCGGCGAGAACAUCGCCGAGGUGUUCGCCCUUCGGGCGAAAGAAGGGGAGACCCUUCGUCAGUGGUGCGCCCGUGCUCGUGAGUGCUUCGACAAGUGCGCUCGCAAGACUGGCGUAAAAUCCCCAGAAGAGGCCCGAGGAUGGAUCCUGCUGAACCAGUCCGGAAUGGCAGAAGCUGAUCGUGCCAUCUGCUUAGCUCGAGCUCAAGGCGAUCUAAAGUUUGAUACACUGUCACAGGCCAUGAGGUCUUGCUUCCCGGACUAUGUCAUGCCGAAGCGCCGUACAUUGGGGGCCCAUGUUGUGGAAGAAGCGGGUUCCGGCCCCGUUGAGCCGGAGGAUUCAUUGCAAGACAUCGAGCUGUUUCUGGCCGAGCACGGCUAUGAAGAGUCAGGUGAACCACAUCUGACGGGUGAAGAGCUGGAUGAAGAGGACGCGGCCGAGAUCUUGGCCACGACCUGGAAGGAGCGACGCUCCGAGUUGAACCAAGUCCAAAAGGGUCGAAGGUUCACUGUAGUGGAUAGCCCAGCAGAGCAUUUCGUGUGCACUGCAGCUCUUUGUCCGGAGUUGCCCAAUGAAGUUUUGUUGGUGAGCAGUCCAGGGUUCGCCAUCCUGGACAGUGGCUGUGGAAAGACCAUUAUCGGCCAGGACACCCUCGAGUCCUUCAAGAAGAUCUGGACUCGAUGUGGCAUUCCGGAGCCACCCCUUCGAAAGGAAUCCAACCAGUUCCGCUUUGGGAACGGUGAGCUGGAGGUGAGUUCUCACAUGAUCGAUCUCCCAGUGUUUUUGGCUGGACGCCCUGGUUUUGUGAAAGCCGCUAUUGUGAAGGGAUCAGCCCCGCUGCUCCUGUCGAGGCCGGCAAUGAAGACCUUGGGCGCCUCCAUGAACUUCGGAGAAGAUAAGCUGACCCUGUUUUCUGACCGGGUUGAGAUUCCGCUGGAGGUGAAUGCUGCCGGACAGUAUGCUGUGAACGUGUCGGCGUUUCCGAAGCAUGCCGCCGAGUUGUUUCCGCAGCCUGUUUUGAAGCCAGUGCCCGAAGCCGUUGAGCCUGCAGCUCAACCAUGCCACUCGGUCUCGGUUGCUUUCAAUCAUCAACAUGCCCGUAAGAAAGAUUUUUGGGAGUUGAAGCCCCGGGAACGUUUGGUUAUUCGCCACCAUCUUAAACCCCGGGAAAGGUUGUUCACCCCGCAGGGCACCCAAUGCCCUAUUGAUGUUGAGAUGCUUCAAUCCGAGCGCAUAACCCAUUUCGAUACUCCGCCGCCGUUGCCUUGGGACCAUCGGGAUUCAUGGUUUGAGCCUGAUACUGCACAUGCCGCUCUCGGUGAACAACCGUGGACGGGUAGAACCGUCUUUCGACUUCGCUCCGAUGCCGUCAUGCCGUCAAUUGCUUAUGCCCAGGAUGAGAUCGAGCAGCUCCAUGUCACUCAGUGGACUGCCAAGCAGCAUCGACAGUUGAUGGCGCAAGUCAAGGUGCCUGAUCGGGAGGACCAGGUGCCACAAGAUAGGUACAAUGUCAUUGAGGUAUUCUCUCCACCACGAUUUGCACUAGAGGGUGCAACUCGGGGAUUUCGUGUUCUGUCGGCCGACCUCAGCACGGGAUGGGACUUCCGUCGGAAACGUGAUCGUGAAGACCUUUUGACACUCGUUCGAACCAAUCCGCCUGAUUUGCUAGUGUUGUGCCCGCCAUGCACAUGGGCAGGGGGCUGGUGGCACCUCAAUCGUUUGCACAUGGAUCCAAACGAGGUGCGACUUAGGGAAACGUGGACUCAGUUGUUUGUGCGUUUCUGUUGCCAGCUGAUGGAAAUCCAACUGGCGUCAGGAGGUAGAUGCUUGUUCGAACAUCCCCAAGAUUCGAUUGCUUGGAAAAUGCCAUGUAUGGAAAAGCUUCAAUCACGAUUGCAUUCCGUGUUUGUGGAUAUGUGCUGUUAUGGCCUUCGUGUCCCAGGCGGCUCUCUGAUCCGCAAGGCCACUAGGUUGGCAGUCUCUCAUGCCGACAUGAGAUGCCUAGGUAAGAAGUGCCCUGGUCCCACUCACACUGAUCACCAACAUCACCAGAGCAUAGCCGGAAGUUGGCCUAAAAUAGGUUCCAUCAGCAAGCAUGCAGCAAAGUAUACUUCGACCUUUGUCAGAGCUGUCCUUCGUGUGACCAAGGGGCUUCCGAAGACCGUUGGCCUGGUGGUUCAAUCAGAUUGUUCCACCGAAUGCCUAGUAGCUCACACGCUUGAGGACCUGAAUCAAGAGGACAAUGAAGCCAAGAUCAAAGACAGCCUUCGUCGAUUGCAUAAUAACCUUGGACAUCCUACGAAUCAACAGCUUGUGAGAGUCCUCAAGCAUGGGGGUGCCUCCGCGGCCGCUCUGGAAGCGGCGCAUCGGUUCUCGUGUGACCUGUGUCUUGCCCAGAAGACGCCUAAGGUAGCAUUGCCAGCUCAGGUCCAUCGAACUGUGGAGUUUAAUGCUGUUGUUGGAAUUGACAUCAAGUAUUUGCCUGGGUGGGACACCAACCAAAAGAUUCCAACCCUCAAUAUCGUUGAUCAAGCCAGUUCCUUGCAAAUCAUGGUCCCAGUGUUCAAGCGUGAGACAUCCGACAUCAUCAAGCAAGCGUUCAUGGAACGAUGGGUGUCUUGGGCAGGCAUGCCACAAGAGAUUGUGUGUGACCCUGCACGCGCCAAUGUGGCCGACGCGUUCACUGCCGUGCUUGAGCAGGGAGGAGCGAGCUUCAAGUUGACUGCCGGUGAUGCACACUGGCAGUUAGGUAAGACUGAAGUUCAUGGGGGCUGGUUUAGUCGAGUGCUUACCAAGAUUUUGUCGGAACAUGCACCCCGAAACCAAACCGAAUGGCUUGACUGUGUAAAUGCAGCGCACUGUAAGAACCAGUUAAUCCAGGUGUACGGUAUGACCCCAGCUCAGUUCGUGUUUGGGAAGAACCCUAGAGUGCCUGAGAACUUGCUCGAUGAACCCCUAGAGAUCGUACCUGCCACCUCGGCCCUGUAUGAUGAAGCCGUUGCCAAGCAAGUUGCAAUCCGACAAACUGCUCGGAAAGCAGUGCUUGACUUGCAAGAUAGCAAGGCGCUUCGACAAGCCUUGGCCGCCCGGCCUCGUGUGCAUCACACCUACAGCCCUGGAACUCAUGUAGCCUAUUGGCGAUCUCAAAAAUGGAUUCAUGGGUCCUUGGAGAAGACUGGACGAUGGUGUGGUCCUGCACUGGUGUUGGGUUAUGUGGGUCGUAAUCUAGUGAUCAUCCAUAAGAGACAAAUCUUCCGGUGCGCACCUGAGCAGAUUCGUCCAUCAACCCAAGAUGAGCUCAAGCUGACCGAAACUCCCCACAUGGAUUUUCUGGGUAUCAAGCACUUGAUCGAAUCUCAUCAGCUCGAAAGUAGGCAAUACGUUGAUUUGACCUCCGAGUCGUACCCUGGUGUUGAUCCUGAAAUUGGAGAAGAUAGUCCACCAGUCAUGGCCGACCGGUCUUCCGUUGCUGAGCGUAAUAAACCUCGUGUUGGGCCAUUUCCCAUGAAUGCACCUCCAGAUGAGGAAAGUGAGUCACCGGAGCCACCACCACUCAUCGACAAGAGUCCAAUGGAAGCUGCAUAUGGCCCCGUCCGACCGCCGAGACGGCGUGUUGGUCAAAAGGAUGGCCCCAUGGCUCUGUAUCGUCCAGGACGAAUGGCACAAGAAGACUUUCAAGAGAUGAUGCAAGAGAUUGUUCCUGAACUACUUCAACAAGUCUUGCAAAAAGAGCCAUCCAGUAGUCCGGACCACACAGAUCCACCACCAGCCGGCGAAGGAUCAUCUUCGAGUUCGAGUCGAGGGACGAAACGAUCGAUCGAACCAACUGAAGCCGACGUUGAACCGGUCGACAAACGUCUCCAUGGGAUAGAAGAAGAUCUGUUAGUAGAAAGUGCCACUUUUGCCAUGGAUGAAAUUGGUGUUUGCUCGGUAGAACUCCUUCAAAGCCAUUCCAUGGGUAACCUUCAUGACGGUCUCGAUCAUAUUGCCAAACAAGAACUGGUGACUUUGUUCCAACAGGGGAUGCCUUGUGAAGUACUCGUCGCCGCAUAUAUGCAAAAGAAGGCCGCAAAAGAAAUUCCGGUGACAGGUAACCCUCCAGAGAUUCAGAAGAAAGUAGAUGAAGCAAAAUUGUUGGAAUGGAACACCAUUGAAGGAAAGCAUGCUGGUCGUGUCGUACUCGGUAAUGAGGCUGAUGAUGUUCGUAAGUACCUGAGCCAUCGCAUCAUGGGUAGUCGGUAUGUUAUGACCUUGAAAGUUGAAGACGAUGCCGCCCCUCGCUUCAAAGCUCGUUGGUGCCUCCAGGGUCAUUUGGACCCAGACCUCACCGCCAAGGCCGAGCUUGGAGACCUCCAGAGUCCCACACUGUCCCAGGUUGGUCGUAACCUGAUUUUUCAAUUGUUGGCUAGCCAUCAGUGGGAGAUGCAGUUGGGGGAUAUAAAAGGGGCAUUUCUGUCUGCUGGUAAUCUUCCCCAACGUUACAAGCCACUGUAUGCCUCUUUGCCAAAAGGGGGCAUUCCUGGUAUCCCAGAUGGAGCCUUGAUAGAAGUGCUAGGACACGUGUACGGAUUGAAUGACUCACCGGCUGCAUGGUACAAGAAGUUGAGCCAUGAAUUGCUUGCCGCCGGUUUCGAACGGUCUCGAUUCGACUCAUGUCUUUUCUAUUUUCGAGAAAAUGGAAAACUGACAGGAAUUUAUGGUGUUCAUGUGGACGAUUGUGUGACAGGAGGGUGUGGUUCUGGCUAUGGAAAGGCCAUCGCUCAGCUGAAACAGACCUUUGAGUUCCGCAAGUGGCGUACUCAGAAUGGUGAUUUCUGUGGUGCACAAUACAUACAAGACCCCAAAACCUUCGAAAUCAGCAUGAAGCAAGAACGGUUUGUUCAGAAGGUAAAACCUCUGCACUUGUCCCGUGAUCGAUCACGAAACCGCGAGGCAUUGUUGAAUGAAAAAGAGGUAAGUUGCUUGAGAGCUAUCAAUGGGAGUCUCAACUGGUUGUCGACUCAAUCACGACCUGACUUGUCAACUCAAGUGUCGUUCUCACAACAAGCAUUUCCUCGACCAACAGUGAAUGAUGCUAUUGCCGCAAACCAUGCCGUAAGACGGGCCCGCCAACAUGCAGAUUUGGCCAUCAGGUUUAGUCACAUUCCACCGUCCGAAUUGGGUCUCAUGUGUCAUUCCGAUGCCGCCUUCGCCAACGGUCGAUCGGGUUCCACUCAAGCUGGUUUCAUGGUUAGUUUUGUACAUCAAGGGAUUAACUCAGGUCAUGAUAGUCCUUGGACUCCGGCUUAUUGGAAAAGCCACAGGUUGCCAAGGGUGGUCAGCUCGACUUUGAGCGCUGAAGCCCAGAGUAUGGCCACUGCAUCUAGUAUGCUAGAGUGGACUAACCUUUUGCUGUCGGAGGCCUUGGACGGUCCCCGCUUUGCGCAUAGCCUGUGGAACGGAGUCGAUCACAGAUUGACCAUGUUGAUCACCGACUGCAAGUCUCUCUAUGAUCACUUGAUCUCAAAUUCUUCCCCUACUUUACAUGAUCGGCGAACGGCCAUAGAUAUUGUGAUUUUGAGAGAUUGUGUUUUUCGGACGAAGUCUCAGCUUCGAUGGAUUCCCACUGACAGAAUGCUAGCCGACGGACUCACAAAGGAAAGCCCAGAGGCCCUAGACCUCAUUCGUGCCUGUCUCCGUACCGCACGCUACCAGAUAAGUCCUGAAAGUGUGGUUUUGGAACGCCGAGCACAAGAGAGGGAUCGUCGAAAACAGUUUGCAUCAAAGGGUCCACCUCCUCCUGCCGAGAGA